AUUAUCAGAGUAGGUAGCCCAUGCUGUCUGCAACUCUAUAUAACAACAAAGCUCUCGCCAUUCCACAACAAGAGAGAGGGAGAGAAAUAUCAAAUUAAUGGCGUCUAACAAGCCGAAGCUUGAGGGGAAAGUAGCCAUUAUCACAGGCGGAGCUAGCGGCAUAGGCGAAACCACCACCCGCCUCUUCGCUGCCCACGGCGCCUCAGUCAUCAUCGCUGACAUAAACGAUUCCCUCGGCCACCUCGUCGCCGCCUCAAUCUCACCUCACGGCCGCUGCUCCUUCAUCCACUGCGACGUGCGCAACGAACUCCACCUCGCAGCCGCCGUUGACCACGCCAUUACCACCUACGGCCUCCUCGACAUCAUGUUCAGUAACGCCGGCAUAGCCGGCCCCAUUACCGGUGUUCUCGACCUCGACCCCGCCGACCUAGAUCACACUCUCGCCGUCCACGUCCGCGGCACCGCGCUGGCGAUCAAACACGCCGGUCGGGCAAUGGUGGCGGCAGGGACUCGGGGGUCCAUCAUCUGCCAUGCGAGCGUCUCAGGAAUACAAGGCGGGUUCGCGCCGGUGGCCUACAUGACCUCAAAGCACGCGAUUUUGGGGCUUUUGAAGGAGGCGGCGGCGGAGCUUGGUGGGAAAGGAGUGAGGGUGAAUUGUGUGUCCCCGUAUUUGGUGGCAACGCCUCUGGUCUGCGGAGUGCCUGGUGCGGACGUGGCAAAGGUUGAGAAGCUUUUGUGCACGGGGGCGAUACUCAAAGGGGCGGUGCUGAGGGCAGAUGAUGUGGCGACGGCAGUGCUGUUCUUGGCCUCCGACGACUCUGCCUUUAUAAGCGGACAUAACCUCGUUAUCGACGGCGGAGCGACGGUGGUUAACACCACGUUGGCAAAGUUUAUUGAAGGGAUAUACGACUUGGCCUGAAACAGAUUGGUCAUUUAGAAGUUUCAGUAUCAGUUCGAAUAAGCUCUGUGAAGAACUUUAUGUAAGUUUGUUAUUAUCGUCAUCUUUGAAUUUGGGGUUAUAAGUCUUUGUUAUUAUUGGAUAUGGGUACUCUACCUAAUUGGGUUAUUAAAAUGAAAGAAAUUGCACUAUGACAU